AUGGCGCCAACCACCACCAAAUCCAAAUCUGCCCCAAGACAAGCCAACAUGGCAUUCACCAUCCGCAAGCCGCCAUACACAUAUUUGCAUCUUUCCCUGCUCACUGUCCCGUCGCACCCGACACAGCCUUUGGACGAAGUGGGCGCGCGCUCGUACCUCUUCGCCGCGCUGCAGCAGUACCUUGGCCUCACGGGCACGGCGGUCCCGAUAGAUAUCCUGAAAGUCGAAGACUCGAAUGUAUGGAUCAGAGUGCCGAGAGAAGAUGAAAUUGCUGUGACCGCCGCUCUGAGUCAAUGGGUUGGUGCCAGGGGCGUCAGUCUCCGGAUCGAGGCCAGAGGGAGCUGGUUGGGCGGAGUGCUUGCGAGAAAGGCCGACAAGGAUGCCGGAUUGUGGACGAUGGAAGCUUGA